GAAGCGUGGUGUAGGUGGAGGGGGUCCCUCUGAACCACUCUGUAUAUGUAUACUCGUUCAGGUAACAGAAGACUUCUUAUGGGGCGCACUUCGAAAGGCAGUCGCGAUCAGUCAAGGUGUGGCGAGGUUCCCGCGAGUUUUGUUUCGUCAUUUUCUAUAUACCAUGGACUUUCUUGUUUAAUUCAUUCCAGGACUUUAAACUUUCAUGUGUGUAUGGUGCUUUCGGAUUUUAUCAUUUUUUUCUUUUUUUUUCAAUUGUUUAGUGCGCGAUUGAACUUGAAAUUUCAGAUGGUAGAUUAUUUGAAACUUGUGUUUGUGCGAAUUGAAAAUUCAAUUCGAAUCCUAUUUUAAACCUCAUAAAUUCUCGAGGUUAUUUGAAAUUUGAUAUUGACAUUCUUCUAUAGUUUGAAAAAUUAGAUUAAAAUAUGUAAUUUUGAUGACUCGGUAAAUUUUGCCAAGUGUUUCUAAAUUUUGUUUUGUUUUAUCUUAAAUAUUUUAUUUUGAAAUUAAUCUGAAAAAUAUUGCUUAACUUUUUUUCUCGAAUUAAUUGAAAAUAAAGAGACAUUUUAAAUUGAACUUGGUGAGAUUUUAUUAUACUGAGUGGAUUGAACUCUUUGAAGGAACUUGCAGGUUGAUCUCUCGUGAAAUUAUUCGAGUGAAAUAUAUUUAUAGUUUACAAUUCGAAAAUAUGUUUAUUUUUUUGUUAAAUUUACUGAGAGAUGAAUAAUUUUUUAAAUGAGUUUUUCAAAGACAAGUGAAUAUAAUUUUAAAUUGAGUACAAAUUGAUAACGACAUUUCGAAUGCAGUUGCAACUGCAACUGGAAGAAGUGCAGCAAACCGAGCAUUCUGUGAGUGAUGGCCCUACGUUUGAGAGGAAGUAAAGAUGUCAAGAAAAGCUCGUAUUACGUAUGGUAUUUGGGGGCGAGGGAAGCAAAAGGGGUGGAUGCCAUGCCAAGUGCCAUAGAUUAUCUCUUGGAACGUGAACGACUUCAAGAACCUUUCAAGGUCACUUUACAGGUGAGCAGUAAAGGAUUGAAAAUAAUUCAGACGGUUCAUCAUCCAGCAGCAUCGUCAAGAUCGGCUUUAAAGCAUUUGGUACCAGGUCAUGCGGUUUUAGCAACAGUUCAACGUGAAGAUGUUGUUGCUGCUACUCUUCUUCUACCCAAUCCCGCGUCAAAUAAUCCAGUUCACGUUCAUGCUUACAGAUGUGAUUCGGUGGAAACUGCAGAAUUGUUGGGAGGGCAAUUGAAGGCUUUGGCUUCACACUCAGAUAAUUUAGCAAGGAUAGCAUCAACUGAAAGUAGAAUUCGCAGUAAUCUAGGUAGCGAUGGAAGAAGCACAAGAGAAUCUGAAUCUUCGGAAGGAAGUGGAGAACUUCGAAAUAUUCCAGUUCAAUCAACAUCAAUUUAUGAAUCCCUAGCAGCCGAAUUAAGAGCAAAAUUAGGCAGAGGAAAUUCGGCUGACAAUUCUGGUCCCAUUCUUUUGCCACCACGCGAUUACGACACAUUUCACAGACAGCGAGGUAAUCUCGCAGGAAUUGAGUACAGGCGAUGUCUAAAUCAAAACAUCGUAGGAGGAAACACUGUCAUUGAAAGAGGUGGGACGAGAAGUGCCGCGAGCAGUGGAAUUGGUUCUGAUAGUGCAGCGACACCUCCUCCUUAUCAAUCUCAUCAUCCUUUAGGACCAAGGCCAUCAAGACCUUCGAGGGAUUCAUCUUCCGAUGACGAUUGGGGUGGUCCAGCGGAUGAUCAAGAUUAUAUUCCAGAACGUGAAACCUCAAAUCUCACUCUACCGCGAAUAACUCGAAGUCCAGAAAGAGUUUCGAUUCCAAGAGGCGUUUCUCCGGCUUCCCACAGGAAUAAUCGUAAACCACCAGAACACAGACAAAGAUCUCCAAGUCCACAAUAUCAACCUCGUGUCAAUCCUGGUGAAAUAACAAGUCCAAGGGAGAGAUUUCAGGAUGCCAAGGAAUUGUUCAGGGCAAUGGAACAGAGAGAAGCCAUUCAAAGAUCGGUGAUCACCAGACAACGUGAACCUGAAAUUCAUAUGCACAGGUUGGACAUGUCGAGGCAAGCCCACGGGGACAGAAUGAACAGGCAAUUUGUUUCUACUUCCGCACCAAUUCACGAACAUUUGAUCAGGCGAAGUCAUCCCGAAUUGUUAGCCCGUGAGAAUGAUGUCUCGUGCAAAGCCAAACCAAGACCUAGAACCCUUCAUUAUCCAUUGGCACGUUUACCGGAACCGGAAGUCACAAGACCUCGACCACGAAGUUCUUACGAGAGUCCUCCUGCCAUUAGAGACUUUAGAGAAAGGCCAAUUUCUCGAGAUUUUCGGGACAAAUUAAGAAUGAGACCAAUGGCAUAUCAGGAAUUGUCUGAACAUGAACGAUUUCCAGGAUUAGAUCGAGAAAGCGCUAGACCCGCUUUAGAGAUAAUACCCUCGGCAGUAAGAUAUCGUCAUAGUUAUGCAGAACCACCAAGAUUGGGUCUAGCAGCCCUUCAUCCAUACUAACAAAUUUUGUUUUAAUUAAUAACGAACAAUGUAUUUAAUUAUACAAAUAUAUAUAUAUAUUAUUCUUUAUGAAAAAGUGGUUUUGACACAAGUAAUGCGCGAAAAUGUGCUGACUUACAAUUGACAAUUAAAAAAACAUUCUUGGAAUGUUAGAUGUAACAGAAUUUAUUCUUGAAAUAACAAAUAUAACAGAAUGUUAUAAAUAUUAUGUAUUUCGAAUAAAACAAUAGAAUGUUAUAUUUUUUUCCGAAUAAAGCAGAAUUAUUCUUGGAAUAAAAUAACAGAAUUUAAUUCUGAAAAGAAAUCACUUUCAGAAUUAAUCAAUUUUGUGUUAAUUCUUUAAAAAAUCUUUAGCUGGUUCCGCCAAACAAUUAAUUUGAAUCGCUGAGGGAUUAAUAAAGAUUAAUCGACGAAACGACGAUUUUUUUUUUAAAUAACGAAAAUGUAUAAUUUAGUAUGUAGAAUUACUAUAAAGGAAGACACUACUUGAUAACUAUUAUUUUUAUAUCGCGGAAAUUGUUGAUAUUUAGGAUAAAUUGUAAUUACAUAAAAAAAAAAUCGAAAAUAUAUUUGCUCAAAAAGAAAAAAACCGACAUUGAGAGAAAUUUAUUGUAAUAAAAUAUUUUACAAUUUGAUUGGUAAAAUUCUCACUAUAUUUUAUUAAAUUAACUUUUUAAUUUUUAUUUUUACUAAUAUUUCUUUGUUUCUCACUUUCCUAAAAUUGUAAAGUAUUUUAUUAAAAAAUAAUAACUUCUUAAAAAUUUUGAAUUGCGAGGACAUGUGAAUUAUUCAAAAGAAAAAUAAGAAUCUUGUCGAGAUUUUUCUAAAUAAUUAAGUGUUGAUAAUGAUUUUAAAAUUAAUCAAGUCUUCCAAAAAAAUACUUAAUGUGAGGAAAAUCAUGAAAUGUUCUUCGAUGAAUGUAAAACGAAAAUAUUUUUUUUUUAUAUAAAACCUACGUGUUAUUUCACUAUAAAUUUUAUUCUAGAUUUAGAAUCAUUGAUUUAUAGUCGCAGGUAGUCGAAUUUGCUCACAGGCAACGCUCAAAUAAAAAUUGUAAUACAUUAAUAAGUGAUACUGAGAUAAAGAAUAAGAAGAAAAAACUGAGUAAGCACAUAAGCAACUCUUUUCAAGCAACAUGAAAUUAUUUAUUGCGAAAUGCACUUGUCGAAUACUUAUCAUCAUUAGAAUGAAAUUCCAAUGAAAAACAAGUGUCAGUAACGUGUCAUUUAAACGCAAUCAACGCGCAGAGAAAAUAAAUGAAAAAACAAAUUUUCAGACACUUAAAAAUAAUAAAAAAAAAACAAAACAACAACAAAUUAUUCGAUACAAAAUUAUGAACUUCAUUUUUAUGACUCUCUGUUGUUUACUGAGGCCAGAAGCGCCGAAAAAAGCUGUUUAUGAUGUAUGUAAUUGCAUCAAGGUUCGUAACUUAGCAAUUGAGUAUGGAGAAUUUUACCCUGCAGGGUUUGAAGUUUCAAGAGAGGUGAAAUGACACCCGUGUUGUCAGGGUUAUAAGUUUCUGAUGUAUUACUUGUAUUAUAUGAAAAAAAAGACUAACGACAAUAAUAACAAUAAAUAACAUUAAUAUUUGCAGCUUCUUAAA